UUUUGAUUCCUAGAGGGCGCUGACUGUGAGGGGGCGGGCGAGCGUCAAUCAACGACAAUCAAAGGCAUCGCCGGGGUCUGCUGUGCAAAGUCAGCCGAGCAAUGGUUGCAACGUUGCGGUAUUAACUGUGAGCAAGCCGAGGGUGGCGCAGCAAGGCGAACACCUUGCAUCCCCCCCACAUUCAGUGCACCCACUCUGCUACUUGAGCCUUCCAUUCACCCCUUCACUUCUAUUUGCUUCCCAGUCGCCCUGUCCUGAGAUGGUGCUGAAACGGGCUGUCUGGAAGUUGUGCUUUGCCUGUCUCUGUACACUUUGCUUUCAAGGUUGGGUGGAGUUGUUAGAAGUUACUGUGGGUAGUGCAAGUAUAACGGUUGCCAGAGGUCAAACAGCUGUACUAACAUGUACCUUCACAACAAGUGCAGCGUUGAAUCAACUGAACAUCAUCUGGACUGUGAUACCUCUCUCCAACACCAAUCAGCCAGAACAGGUGAUUUUGUACCAGGGAGGCCAGGUUAUCAGUGGGGCCAGCCUGUUUAAUUCCCGUGUGGGAUUUGUUGUCACCAUGCCCAGCACCAGUGCCUCCAUCUUCAUUAAUAACUCUCAGCUCUCGGACACGGGGACGUACCAGUGUUUGGUGAACAACCCGCCUGACAGAGGAGAGAGGAACAUCGGUGUGCUUGGACUCUCCGUUUUAGUCCCACCCGCCAUCCCACUGUGCCGACUUCAAGGAGAUGUUGCUGCUGGAAACGACGUCACUCUGACUUGUAGUUCGGAAGAGGGUCUCCCACUCCCGUCAUUUUCCUGGGAAAAGCAAGAUUCAUUUGCUAAACUACCACCACUUUCAGUACAGGAUAAAUCGCGAGGGACAUUGUUUCUCCGGAAUAUCAGCUCUGCUACAAAUGGCUUGUACCGAUGUACAGUUACCAAUGUGAUGGGAUCCCACACCUGUGCCAUUCAUCUCCAGGUUAACGAACCGCAUUUCCAGAAUGUUGGAAUCAUAGCUGGAGCUGUGGUCACUGGAAUCAUGGUGCUUCUGCUUGGUGUCAUUUCUAUUAUUGUCAUUCUGUUUUACCGGAGAAACAAAAACAAGUAUGAAGAGGAAGAGAUCCCUAAUGAGAUACGGGAGGAUGACAUCCCACCAUCAUCGUCCGUCAAAGGCUUCCAUCAAGAUGGUUCCUCAGAGAAUGAUACCCUUGCUUCCGCAAACACGUACAGUGCCCACUACUGGCAAAGGAAAAAUCCGACCUACAUAUCUAAUGCCUUCAAUCGAUACAAUGGUCACAUGCCCCACUCAAUGACGAUGUCGAGCAGUCAACCUCAAAGUCACCCACUGCAUACAAAUGGGAGCCACCACCCCACUCCAAAGGCAGUGGUCAUCACCACAAGUUCAUCUCCAUCUUCACAAAACUUAGCAAGAUGCAAUGGGUCUCUUGGUGGGAAGACCCCUCCACAGCACCACUACACCGUGAGUCAUGCAAACCUUCAACGGAUGGGUGGCAUACCAGUCAUGAUACCCGCACAGAAUAGGGCCGGAUCAUUGGUGUAGGCAACAUCUGACUCAUAGAAAGAAGGCAUUUGCUUGUGACCUAAGCCUCAAAUGUAGACUGAUCUUUUCCAUGUAUAAAGUGUAAACAUGCCCUUUCUCACCGGGUUUUUGAUCAGUGAGAUAUAUAAACGCAGAGCCAUUUGCUGCCUGAGUUUGACUUCUCUACAACUGUGUUUUGUCUUAAAUUAAUACAUUUCUGAAGUCUUACUUUUUGGAUAAAAUUGUGGGUUGACAUUGACACACCAUCACAAACUUCAAGGAAAGAAAACAGGAGUACACAUUUUCCAGAAGGAAAAAGGAAUACAUGUUUGAAAUUGAAGAUGAAUAAACCAAGUAUAUUAUUGGAGUGCAUCAUCUUAACAAUGAAUGAACGACUGAAUCAAUGUUUGAAAAAUGGUUGCGUCCCUUUGAGAGACGGUGGGUACCUGGAGGAAUAUUGCCAAGAAUAUCUCAAAGCGAGAAUGCCUCACAUCAUUUAACCUGCAACUGUUUGAACAAAGGGUAAUAUUCAGAUGUGUUAGGCUAGUUUUGGAAAAUGAACAACUGGUUUCCAGAGGUUCGCUCAACUAUUUCAAGUGCACUAAAAUGGGCGGCAUGUUGUAGAAAAUAGCAACUUCAUCCACGGGACCUGAUUUUGGAAGAGUACGGUUUUCUUUGAAGAGGAAAGUUUGAGUUUUUUUCUUCCGCCAUUCUUUUCUACAGACGUGCUGGAAUUCACAGUGCAUUGCGUUUGCUAAAGUGGUCAUAUGAAGUCUUAUUUUGGGGAUAAAGUUGUGGAUUGGCAUUGACACAUCAUCAUAAAGUUCAAGGAAACAAAAUGGGAGUGCAAAUUUUCCAAAAGGAAAAGAGAACACUUGUUUGCAAUUGAAGAUGCAUGAUUCUAUGAGCAUAACAGUGGCAGCCUUGACUGUGAGAAGACCAAACUGCUGAGGUGAAACAAAGAAGAAAAUAUUUAAGAAUGGAAUGAAAACACUGAAUGCCAUCUUUAAUUAAUGAUACACCAGGACUGCACAUGCAAAUGUCUUAAUUGUUCUGUGGAGCAAUAAACUUGUGCAUUUCCCACUAUUUGUGUUUAAAGACAACAUUGAAGAUGAUGGUUGUUGUAGGGAAAGUAAAUUUAGAAUGACUGAAGUUGAUUCUUUGGCAUUUUGUUAGAGCUUUGGAAAAAUUACUAACAGAAGAAAUAUUUAUUUGAUUCCCGAUCAGUAUUAAGAGAUUAGGUUACACUUGUGUUGGAAUGCUUACUUAUGUUUACAUUUUUUUAAAUUGGUAUCUAAGACCAUCGCGGGUCAGGUAGAAUUCUGUCGUUGGGAAUUGCAACAUGCUACGAAUUCCAGGUUUUUCCCAUUUUUUUCGAUAUUGCAGAGCUAUGGUUAGCUAGCAGAAGACCUCCACUUUUAUCAAUGUGGAAGAGAGAUCAACAGCUGUUACUAAAUCCUGUUUUAAUUUGUCAGCACUUACCGAUGUAUCUCGGUACUGAACUGGGAAUGAUGACUGAUUUCAGCUAGUCCGCUCUGCCUCAGUUAAUGACGUUAAACAUUUGACUACUGCGCUAUAAAGAUGUUUGAAAAUGAUUAAAGUUCUACGUCCUCCCAUAUUCUGUAAAUAUUGCAGGUUGCUCGCGACAACGGUGCCAAAAGACCUUCCCCAGAAGUCACUGAGCAAACUGGCUUCAAAACAAGUCUGAAGUCCUGGGUUUUACUUUUAUUUUUCAUAUCGCAAGACAGUUCUCCUUAAGUAGCUUGGGAGAUUAGAUUGAAAACAAACCCAGUGUCAUUGGGAUAAGAAUGCUGGUCAGCAAAAAUUAAUUGCAGGGAGAAUUGAACAAAAAAUGUUGUCAAAAAUGCCACUAAUUUCCAGCUGUUUGCACUUGAUUUUCAUUUAUUUGACUAAUCCUUUAAAAUACUCCAGAAUCAGCAACUUCUGGUCUUUUUGGUUCUUGUGCACUUGUUUAACUCUGUCAUCGACAAUAAAAGUCAAAUUAGUUUGCAGAA